CACUCUUCACGGUUGUGAUUUCUAUUGUGUUUCCCUCAUUAAUUAUUCAURAGUUUUACAAGGCAAAUUAAAGUACUAGAGUAACAUCAGCUUCCUUAUCGGCCAUUAUCUGCAGUAUUAGCUAUUAACUUUUGAGUUGGGCUGCCUGUGAUUAUUUCUGCCGAGCAAAACUUUYUAUUGUAUAAUGAGAACCUGCUSUUMAAUUGUCGCUGUCUAAGGCUGAUUUAAACCUUAACUUAUUUCUUCUGUCAUACAUCUGUUCCCAUCAGAUAUCAUUCUUGGCAAAAUUUCACUUUAAUUAUUCAUAUUUUUUCCCAUCAAACUACUUGGGCUACCUGUGUUUUUGCAAAGAUUUUCUCGGAAGUAGCACCUAUUGACMGACGAAAGAGAAAGUGUUGUUUAGGAGCUUCUCUCGUUCAACAUGUCGCAAAGUUUAUUGCUARGYGUUCACAAUGACGCGAAAGUGUUUGAUAUCAAUUGAURUUUAUUAAUGUCUGUAGAAGUAUAACAGAGUAUGUAUUCAUUAUCGUUUAAACAAUUUGGGUUACCUGUGUUUUUUUUUAUCUGUUACCUGUGUUAUUGUGAAAUAUAUUCUCGGAAGUGGCGUCCUUAUUUGGUCGUUAUGACUGUGAAACCGAAASUGCUGUGUUGCAGAAAGUUGAGAAGCUUUGCUCAAAAUGUCGAUGUCUGAGGCCGAUUUGGAGCUUAUUUCUGCUGGUUUCACGGCUAUUCUCGGCUAUCAAGUUGUCCCACCGAGUCGUGGUCUUGGUUUGCCUAAACUUAACAUCCAGGAAGUGUCAAAAGUGUUUAAGUGUACGUAUAUACCACUAUCACUGGAAGGUGUUAACCCUGACAAAGUGUUUGAUAUUAAUGUAAAAUGUAUAAAUGGUUGGCAAAUAACAAUACAAGUAACAAWCGWKCACACCAUCGCUAAUAUCAAGGCUGACCUUGAGAUCAACCACGACAUCGAGUCGAAAGACAUSAGAUUGAUGUUUGAGGRGAACCCAGUGGAAGACCAUCAAAGUGUUCGAGACAUMGGCAUUCCAAAGGGGGGAACAUUGUUUUUGUUGUUACGACUUAGAGGGGGUGGCCCUGAUUUUCAGUUGGACAUUGAUCUGUUGGACCCACCGCACAACUAUGAUUUUACCUACGUUAGGGAUGAUGGKAAWGUUUAUYGUCGAGGUGGAAAGGAGUACAAGAGGCCAUAUGGAUGGAAGAGAAUUGCCUUSAAGGUUCUUGGCAAAUAUGAAGAUGAYACUUGGCUUGGAACAGACGGAAUACGUACACAGGAAGCCCAAGGUGAAUGGCCCGUGUGCUACCACGGGACAAACAUGCAGUCAGCCAAAAAUAUCUUGUCGUCUGGCUACAGGGCCGGUCCGCGUCAACGAUUUGGUAAAGCGGUCUAUUCCAGUCCUUCUCUUGACAUGGUGGAACAGCAGGAUUAUGCAAAAAGUUUUGUACAUAGGGGCACCACUUAUAAGAUCGCACUUCAAAACCGUGUCAAUCCUUCUCCGGGCCACUUUGAAGUCAUCUCUGCUGAGGAGACAGGGACAGGGGCCGAGURUUGGUUAUCACCGAAACAUGACACAGGGAAUAACAUUCAUGAUAUUAGGCCUUAUGGCGUUUUGUUUAAGAAAGUUGGCUAUAGUAGUGAUGCCGUUGUUUACAAUACGGUUUCGAGUUGUAACUUGCAAUAAGCCAUCUUGAGAUAGACACAGAAAACAUACAAGACACGAAAUAAGUGGUAAAUCACCCCUGUCCGUUAAAGAAAUAAACUGUAGACUCUUAAUAGCAAUCAUAAAUUCGAUGCGCAAAGCAUAUUUAAUACUAGCCAGCAAGUACACUUAGUAACUCGAGAUUGUUAAUAAUCUUUAGAUGGAUAGCGAGUUGGUAACAUAUCCACUGUAGCCGAUUGUAUUUUUAGCGGAGCUCCCGCGGGGGCCGAAGGCCCGCGCGAGCGGAG